CCACUGCCUCGGCACGCUGUAGCUAGCGCAGCUGAGAAGAGCAGAGUAUGUUGAGGUGCUUGACUUAAAUGUUGGCUUCGCCCCUCACACGCAUUUUAUCAUUAGCAGCACACAGCAGACCUGGAUAACCGGACACUAUGGAGGAACCGUGGGACUUUGAGUUUUUGUCCCGCAUCGCUGACAGCUGCUUGUCGUUUCUCUCUGAGUUUGUGGACGACUGGCUCGCCAACGAUAUGAGAGUCUCCAUAUUCAAGAUAUUACUUAGUUGGUUAAUUUUAAGUCUUAUCGCAAUUCACUUAGUAUGGAAGGUCUAUGGGAAUACAGUGAACGACAUGUAUUACCGACAAGGGACUGGACAGAACGGAGGCACACCUGAUACAGCACCUCACCUGAGUGGAUGGGAAAGCAAAGCAGGAGAUUCUCUGAAGACUCAUCGAGACUAACAAGACAAUGGACUUGGACUUUGGACUUUAUCAAAGUGAGAGCUGGACAGUUAACAUCUCCCGGAGACACUGAUUGCACCCACGUUUUCCGAAAACUAUCAUCUUCAGUGCAUUUAAGAUGGAUGUAUCUUCUGGCAACUGCCCAGAGAAACAUACAGUUCAAGUGAAUGGGAAAGUGGUCUCAGACUUUUGGACCCCACUGUAUGUUAUCACUAUGCAUACCAACAGCGUCACACUGAUAUCCACUAAAUUGACUAUAUACUGCUGCAAGAUAUUUAUUUCAGUCUGUCAGCUUUUGUCAAUGAACGGGACUUUAUUCUGCAUAAAACCUUUGAUCUGUU